CGGACAGUCUUUUUCGAGUUUUGAUUUACUUUAUUUAUUUAUUUAUUUUUGAUCAAAAAUAAUUAUUUUUUGUUCCUUUGGUUAGGAGACUGUUCCACUUUGGAUCUGUCCGAUCUUUCCCACUUGUGUGCUGCCUGCCUACCUGUUCCUCCCCCUCCAGUCCGGGCACUGGGCCAGUCCAUCUGAUUGGCCCACGGGUGACUCUUCAGACUUCGGGUACGACCGUGCAUGCCACUGCUCACUCGAUCACAGACCAAGGCCAUGGACCAGAAGGCGGGAGAAUCCCUCCUGGCCURUGAGGAACGCCUGGCUGCAUUCAUCCAGGAGGCCAACGAUAGGGCCGCCGCCGCGGCCAAGGAACGUAACCGGAUUGAGCAAGAAGAGGAGGCCAAGCGACAGCAGGAGGAACAGGACCGACUUCGUCAAGAGGAGGCAGACCUGCAGGCUGCAGCUGAACACCGGUCACGCCAGCAAGAACGACUGUUCACGUGGGAGACCGUGAUCGGUGAUGAGACCACACAUUGGGUGGAAAUGGCAUCUGGGGAUGAGGCCUCGGAGACGGACAAAGGGCUGUCCGCCGUUGCGCAGAUCUCCCACGACCUCGUGGCCACCUGCGCCCUGCAGCAGGAGGAAAUCCUUCACCUACAGCAGACAGUGGACCAGAUGCUUGCACGGCUGCAGGCGUUGGAGAAACAGCCAGUUGCUGCAGCAGCCGCAGGGCCUUCCAACCUUGCCACCCGUGUUCAAGCUUUGGAGGAUGAUGUCAGCAACAUCAAGCGUGUGCAUCAGGACUUCUGGACGUCACAGCAAGCAACAAACUUGCAGUUGGAGACGCAGCGGUUCUAUUGGCCCGACCUUCUCAAAGACGCCACCCGCUAUUGUGAGUCGUACGAAGUUUGUCGGUGUUGCAAGUCACGCAACCAUCGUCCGUUUGGCGAGCUACACCCACUACCAGUUCCCCUUGGGCGACGGGAAGCAAUUCCCAUGGAUAUCACCGGCCCCUUCCCAAAGCACAAGACCGGCGUUGAUGGGAUUCUUACGGUCGUUGACCGCCUCACCAAGUACGCCAUGUUUUUGCCUUGUCGCUAUCAUGCGAAGACACCGGAGUUGGCCGAGACCUUAUAUGCCGGUUGGAUUCGCUCCAAGGGCUACCCCAAGGAGAUCGUUUGCGACCGGGACACUCGCUUUCUCUCCGACUUUUGGGUCGCCCUCGUCAAGCGAUGCGACUCAUCCUUGAAGCCGAGUUCGGCUCGCCACCCGCAAACCGAUGGCCAAACGGAAAGGCCGCACCAAACCGCUCAAGUCCUUCUACGCACUCUCAUCCGUCCCGACCAGAUUGAUUGGGUUGAGCGCUUGUCGGACGUGGAGUUGGCUUACAACUCAUCUAUCCACCCGGCUAUCAUAAUGUCGCCGUUCGAGUUUGAGCACGGCUCGCCCAUCUCAUCGCCGCUGGACGCCAUUUUGUCGUGCACAGCCGAGAGCGAUGACCAUCUUGCUUUCCUUCGUCGCAUGCAAGAGCUCCUUGCCAAGGCACGGGAUCAGAUGUCGAAGACGCAAAUACGGAUGAGCCGUCAAGCCAACCGCAAUCGUCUCCCUUGCCCAUUCCGCGCCGGCGACCUGGUUUGGGUCUCCGCCGCAGAGUUCAGCCUUGAGCAAGACAUCUCUCGCAAGCUCCUUCCCAAGUGGAUGGGGCCUUCGCGUAUUCAUUCUGCAGUUGGUGAUGAUCCCGAGGGGCCUUCAUUUCGCAUCGAAGUGCCACCUGACUUGCUCGUCCACCCGGUGUUCCACUGUUCCAAACUCGCUCCUUUUGCUUCCGCGGAGUCCGACGAGUUCCCCGGUCGACGUACGCAAGACCCUCCYUCCAUGGACGGAUUUCAGGAGGCCGGCUAUAUCAUCAACCAUCGGCGCCAUGGCAACAAGGARACGGAGUUUCUACUUCACUUUUCUUACUGCAGCCACAAGGCUGACCGUUGGCUGACGCAUUCGGAACUGCAGGCCACAGCCCCCGCCGUUCUCUCACGUUAUCUAAGCAAGGAGAAGACUACACUGAGCACUCCAGCUCCUCGCCAUCCUCGCUACAUUCCGCCAUCGGAUCGGCAGCUUCGCCCUCGCCCCAACUCGUCGUCAUAAGGAGGGGGGCGUGUUACAUGCUGAGAGCCUACACACGGGCCCCUCACGGGACCCAAGGUUGGAAUAAGGGCCCCCGGGUCGC